AUCCAAAUCAAGAUCAGCAAUCUAUCUAUUCUUAUAAUUAUCCAUAUUCACAUCCGGAUCAACGACAACAAGAACAACAGUAUCAAUAUAAUCAACGCCAAAAUGUUGACAAUAAUGGUAAUUAUCCAGAUCGUCAACAACAUUCUGGUAAUGGACAAUCACCACCGCAAGAUUCACAACAUUAUCCUGGAUCUAUUGUUGUUCGAUCUGGCCAAGAAGAGGCGAUUCUAGAUUGUCCAUCAUCAAAAGAUUCGAUGAAUUUAGAAACAAACAAUCAAUCAACAUCGUCGGUAAUAUGGAUAAAAGAUGGACAGCAGAUUGAUCAAUCAUUAGAUCGUUAUGAUCUAUUAUCGAAUGGUUCAUUAAGAAUAUUAAACAUUGAACCAAAUGAUCGUGGUAUAUAUUAUUGUCUGGCAAAUCCAAAAACUGGUUAUCAAAUGGUACCAUUAGAAGUGAAUGAACCUGCAAAAAUCUUGCCUGAAGGACCUAAACGUGUAAUUGCACAGGUUGGCAUGCCUAUCUAUUUACAUUGUCAUGCAAUCGGUUCUCCGGAACCUAAAGUUACAUGGUGGCGUGGCGAUCAAAUGCUUCCAAUUAAUGAUCGAAAAUAUCAACAAUGGCCAAAUCAUACAUUGAUCAUACAAAGAGUUGAAGAGAAAGAUAGUGGUUAUUAUACUUGUCAUGCUACUAACGGCAUAGAACCAGAAGAAGGUGAACGAAAAGAUAUUGAACUAUUGCUUGAUAUUGCUUCAAAUAAACGUGAUGAAUUGGAAAUUGUUCCAUAUGAUCCAAGCUUAUUUCAUCAUCAAAAUAAUAAAGAUCAACAUAUUAUUGGUGAUCAACAAUCAAAUGCACAAAACACGAAUGAAAUAGAUUUAGCAAAUGCCAAUGGCAAUACAAUUAUAAGCAAUACAGUUGCUAUUCAUGAAGAUCCAAUCACAACGGAAAUUGAUUUCUGGCCAAAAGAUUAUCGUGUUGGAUCAUUAUUACAUCUAGAUUGUAUUGUUCGAAAUCAAAGAACCAAUCAGAUAAUACCAUCGGCCAAUGUUGUAUGGUAUGUCAAUAGUGACAUACCGUUAUUGGUUGAUCAAACAAAUCAUCAUCAUUAUAUGUUGAUGGCCAAUAAUUCAUUGUUGGUUUAUCAUCUGACACGUGGUGAUUCUGGUGAAUAUCGAUGCCGUGCCAGUACUGGACCUAAAAGUGAUUCAUAUUCAUCCGUUCAUUUACAAGUGGAAAACAUUCAUAUACCGGCCGAUUGUCAAGAUAGUCCAGUAUUUGCUAAUUGUGCCAUGAUCGUACAAAAUAAUUAUUGUCGUAAUCCACAUUUCCAUAAAUUCUGUUGCCGUUCAUGUUAUAUUGCAGAACAUGGUCGACAAAAAUCACAACAUUAUCAACAACAUGAAUCAUCAUCGAAUGAAAUAAAUCAACCAUGAACCAAACAACAAAAUAAUCGAAU